ACAAAUUAACAUUCUCCCACCACGCGUCUCUCUUUCUCAUACUGGUACGCCGAUUUUCUCUCUCAUAACUCGCACCUCCCACCCCCUUAAUCGGCUUCUGUUGCUCCUUCCCUCACAACUCACAGUAUAUUUAAGAAUACACAUAUUACACCUACGUCUCUCCACAUAGUCUUUUUUGGCUUUUCUGUUGCGCCAACUAUCUAAUUUGCACACACCAAGUAAUAACCUGGGUCAAAAGGAUUGAUUGCUGCAGGCGAUUAGAUUCCUCUUCCUACAUAGAAUCGCCUCCUCUUCUAUAUGCGAUUUGGCUCCGUACAUUUUUCAAUUACGCUCGUCUUUUGUUUUUGAGGGCUGCUGCUCUCUGGCAUUGCUGCUAUACUUGUUUAAUUGUUUUUGUUUUUGUUUUUUUGUCGUUAUUUCUUGACAUUGUUGCAAUUUUUCACCAGGCCCAUCUCGUUUUCUUUACUUAAUUUUAUGGGUUAAGAUUUUUUUUUAUUUUUUUUCUUGGGGUUGUAGCAAUACUUAAUAUUUGUUGGGUUUGUUUAAAUUUUAUUUAUUUUUGGGGUGGAAAUUGGUGGUGCAUUUGCUUGAUAAUUUGGGGUUUCUGUUAAAAAUUAGCUAGAGAGAAGCUAUGGCGUUGAGUGAAGAAGAGAAUGUGUGUGGUUUUGAUGAUGGAUUUUUGGUGGAGGAAUGCGAAGCUGUAGAAAAGAUUGGAUUUUUGGUGGAUUUUGAUGAUUCAAAAUCUGAAAAUGGUUGUGAAGAUGUUGUUGAUAAUUUACCAAAUGAUCCUUUUGGGAUGGAGGUCAAUAUGGGCAUGGAAAACGAUCCAAUUCUUGUGGAUUUCAAUCCAAGUUUGCCUACAGAUGAUUUCGACAUAGAGGCCGCUCUCGCGGCCAUAGCCGGUUUGAUCGAGGAUUUUGGACUAAAAGCUUAUGGGUUUGAGACGGAUGAAGCUGAUGAAGAUUGUGGUGAUGGUUCUAGCAAUCUAAAAGCUGCUGAAGAUGAGGGCAUUGAUGACAACAAGUUUUUUGCCGAAUUGAAUUUUGUUUGGAGUAGCUCGAUGGAGUAUGAAGGGGAGGAUAGGGAGAAUGAGCUGGUUGAUGCUGGUCCAGUGAUGUAUGUGGAGGAUGGGACGUCGUAUGGUGACUCUACUACUAUGUUGGGAGGUGGCAUGGAUGAUUUGAUGUGCUUUGGUUGUGAAAAAUAUGGGAUUGAGCAUGUGAAGAGUGAGAGUGAUGUUGGUGUAGAUAUCAUAAUCUUUGUUCUUGAGCAUCUUGAUCUUGGUAUUAAGGACCUUUUGUCUAUUGAAAGGGUUUGCAGAUCGUUGCGUGAUGCUGUCCGAAAAGAUCCUUAUCUUUGGACAAGUAUUCACAUUGACUACCCCUUGAGCCAGAAGAUCACUAAUGAGGAUCUUCUGCGGUUAACAGACAGGGCACAAGGUAAACUUCGCUGCUUGAGCCUCGUCAAGUGUUUGAAGAUCAGUAAAGAUGGUCUGUAUCAGGUCCUCGAGAGGAAUUUGGAGGUGACCAAGCUAAGUGUGGCGGGAUCGAGCAAACUCAAUGGUGUAGACUUUUUGAACAAUCUAAAGUACUUCAACUCUGUUGCAGUGCCUGGUAUCAAACAUCUCAGGAUAGGCGAUCCUCUUGGUUUAACAAAUGAGCACUUGAACGAGUAUAAGAUUCUUUUGGGGAUAGAAAAGGAUGUAAAGAAGCCAAGCGACUAUAAGCCAAGAUAUUAUUGUGGAGGAGAGAUUUAUCUGUCAUUAGAUGAUGAGCGUACCCUUGACAUUGAGAUAUGCCCGAGAUGCCAGAAAUUGGGACAGGUCUACGACUGUCCAACUGAGAAUUGUCAAGUGAAGAUGCACUCCAUGAAGACCACGGAGACGUGCAGAGCAUGCAUCUCCUGCAUUGCUCGUUGCAUACGCUGUGGGUGCUGCUUGGACAACAAAGCCUAUGAGGAGACAUUCUGUUUCGACUUCCUCUGCUUUGACUGUUUGGAGGAGCUCGUUUUCCAGGACGGGGUCAUGCUGCCACCCGGGCAGACCUAUGUCCACCAGAUGGCAAGCUAUCACUUUUUCCUCUAUAGUUAAGGAAGGUUUUCAUGUCUUCAAACCAUCGAGAUCGUUGUGUAUGCAUGAGCGAAGCUGCUGAAGAAAGUGAAGAACACGGGUUGCAUCGUGGCACUCGUCUCAUGCGGAUGGUUGAAAAGAAACUGCACGGGUGGCCUAGCAGCUCGUUUGAAGAAUCACACUGAAAUACAUUGCUAAAUGAGACCUUCGUGUGUCUCUGCAGUCUGAGAUAGGGAGCGCGAUUCGAAGGCGGCGCUGUCGGUAAAUUGUACAAGAAAGCAAGCAAGGAACUAGUAAAACCAUGUCUCUAGAGUUAAAAGGGAAUUGUGAGCUUAUUUUAGCUAGAGUUAAAAAGGAAUGAUGGAAAUUUUUAUAAAUUCUUAUGCCACUAUUACUAAAUAAUUUUGUGUAGUAAUAUGAUUCAUGAAUGCUUUGUAUUUAAGUGAAAUGUGUUUUGACA